AAUAACAGACCUUCAAAUGACCUUUCUUCGUGUCCUAUCCUCAAGUCGCGAUUUUGACAGUUGAGCAGCAGCGCUUGGACAGUGUAUUAAAUCUAGAGUCGAGAAAAUUAAAUCAAAAAAUCAACCAUGAGCACCUACUUCCAAUACCCCACCCCUGAGAUCCAGGAGGAGCUCAAGAAGAUCGCCCAGGCCAUUGUCGCACCUGGCAAGGGUAUCCUCGCUGCUGACGAGUCCACCGGUACCAUGGGCAAGCGUCUCCAAGACAUCGGUGUUGAGAACACAGAAGAGAACCGCCGCAAGUACCGUCAGCUGCUGUUCAGCUCGGACCCAGCCCUCUCCGAGAACAUCUCUGGUGUGAUCCUCUUCCACGAGACACUAUACCAGAAGGCUGAUGAUGGCACGCCCCUGGUCCAGUUGCUGGAGAAGCGCGGUAUCAUCCCCGGAAUCAAGGUUGACAAGGGUGUUGUACCACUCUUCGGUUCGGAGGACGAAUGCACCACUCAGGGUCUCGACGACCUCGCCCAACGCUGCGCCCAGUACAAGAAGGACGGCUGCCACUUUGCCAAGUGGCGUUGCGUGCUCAAGAUCGGCCGCAACACGCCCUCGUACCAGGCGAUCAUGGAGAACGCGAACGUGCUCGCGCGCUACGCGUCCAUCUGCCAGAGCCAGCGCAUCGUGCCCAUCGUGGAGCCCGAAGUGCUGCCCGACGGCGAACAUGACUUGGACCGCGCACAGAAGGUGACCGAGCAGGUGUUGGCCGCCGUGUACAAGGCGCUCAGCGACCACCACGUGUACCUCGAGGGUACUCUUCUCAAACCCAACAUGGUAACAGCCGGCCAGAGCUGCAAAAAGCAGUACACACCCAUGGACAUUGGCCGUGCCACCGUCACCGCUCUGCUUAGAACCGUGCCCGCUGCUGUUCCCGGAGUAACCUUCCUCUCCGGUGGUCAGUCCGAGGAAGAAGCGUCAGUGAACCUGAACGCCAUCAACACUGUGGACCUCAAGCGACCAUGGGCCCUGACCUUCAGCUACGGCCGUGCGUUACAAGCUUCAGUGUUGAGGGCCUGGGCUGGAAAGCCGGAGAAUGUUGUCGCUGGACAGCAAGAGCUGAUGAAGCGUGCUAAGGCCAAUGGAUUAGCAGUCAGAGGACAAUAUGUAGCCGGUUCGAUUCCCUCCUUGGCCGCAUCGAAAUCGAACUUUGCCAACGGUCAAGCAUCGCAGGGCAAAUACGUAGCCGGCUCCGUAACAGGUGUGGGAGCUGAGGCUGGUCUUUUCGUAGCUAACCACGCGUACUAAACGUAGAAGUUGUAGUACAUAAUCGAUUACAGCUGACGAUGCCAUCAUUGUGGUAGAAAUGAUUCCAAAGCACAAGGCUCCUCGAAUUCAUGCAAGCCUGGUAUCGUCAGCGUAUUGCAUAGCAAAUAUCGCAUAAUACAUUCGAUUUUUAAAUGGCAACACUUUAGUUGAACUGUCAAUGUCAAAACUGACAGUGACGUUGCGUAGAUGUUUCGCGCCAAAACUUUGCUAUGUGACGCUUUAGUGUAAUUCGAAAUUGUAACCUUAUUGUUAUCAUCAAGCGCGUAUCGAUGUUGUUUCUGUGUAAAUUAGAUAUUUGAAUUCAUUAUGUAUUAGAUUGAGAUUAGGCGUCGUAUUAGAUGCUUUCGUAAUUUGUGAUUAUUCGAAUGCAUUAUUAUCUAUAUUAAAUUAUUUACACAAUUAUUUAAGAAUCAUAGCUGGCAAAUGUAAUUUUUUUAAAUACAUUGAUAAAAAUAUACAAAAAUAGUUUUGUAAAAUCGAUACAGUUUACACUUGGUUAUUUGUAUAAAUUAUUUAAAUAUUUACUAUAUUAUUUUAGUUUUAAAGGUAUUUUGAUAAUUAAGAGUAAAGUGUAAUGUUCGAUCA